UGCACUAGUUGUGUUUGCAGUUACAUAAAAUUCCACACAAUUCCGCGAUUGAAUAACCGACAUUUUUGGUGGACUGUCGCACUCCAGGUUGCGGUUCGACUUGGGCCGCAUGGAUCAUCAAUACAGGCACUAUCAAAACAUCAAAAGAUUCAACUACUUCAGGAAGGUACAUCUCUGACUCUGUGUCUCUCCAGCUAGCGUUCUGAGACCACCCCAUGCCCAAGCUUAAUAUCUGUGAUAAACCAUCUGAAGCCACCCAUUCCCGGGUACUGGUAUUUCAGAAAAGUUCAUCUUUGAGUUGGCUGAGGAGGGAGAAAGGAGAAAAAUAAACAUGGAAAGUGCUAAACCGCCAAUGUUCGAGGACCUUCUCGACACUGUCGGCCAUUUUGGAUUGUACCAAAUACGGAUCUACCUCAUUUUGACGUUUAUGGACGUCUCGAACAGCCAGUGUAUGUUGUUUUACGUUUUUGGGAACGUCGUACCGGACUGGACAUGUCUUGCGUAUGAAGGUUUCGGAAAUGUGUCAUCGCUGCUGAACGCAACCAAUUCGAGUUUAAGCAAUGCAACGGACCCUUUUAAAGGGCUAUGCAAGUAUGAGGGGGCCAAGUGUGAAGCGUUUCAUUAUGAUGGAAGGCUGAAGACUAUAGUGACUGAGUGGGAUUUAGUAUGUGAUAAAUCAUAUGUGGCGCCGUUGACUUCAUCUCUCCUCAUGGCGGGCGUCCUUGUCGGAGCGUUCUCCUGCGGACAGAUCGCCGACAUGUUUGGCCGGAAAAAGAUCAUCAUCACUGUUUGUGCCAUGCAGAUGUUAUGCCAGAUCUCCAUUGGAUUUGCCAAUCCUUGGCAGGUGUACGCUGCCCUCAGAUUUUUGACGGGAUUUUUUGUCGGUGGCUCCCUCAUGCUUUGUUUUACGAUUCCCGUCGAAUUCAUCGGUCCAAAAUGGCGAACGUUCGUGGGCGCGCUGGGUUUCUUCGGCUUUGGCCUGUGUCUGCUGACUUUGUGGGCGUGGAUUCUGCCGGACUGGAGACACCAGGCAUUCGCAUCUGGAAGCUCGACUCUCAUCCUCAUCCCAUUGGCUAUUUUUUGGGUUCCAGAGAGCGUAAGAUGGUUGAUCCAGAAAGGCAGAUUCGACGAAGCGGAGGAAAUCAUCGUAGAAAUGGCCAAGGUCAACAAAAAGCCCGUCCCGAAACUUGCGCUACUGCGUGAAAUCGCCCAACUGACCUCGGAGGAGGAAGCAAGCAAGCAUAGCUACAACUACCUUGACCUCUUCCGGACCCGAGAUAACGCGAUUCGUACCGUAAUCAUGAUGUUUGUGUGGCUGAGUUCGUCCACGCUAUACUACGGCAUCGGUGCACAGUUGGUCAACCUGUUUGGUAACAUGUACAUCAAUACGAUAGUUGGGGCCAUUACAUCGAUGCCAAUCUCAUGGACCGUCAUUCCUGUUGCCAACUGGAUGGGUCGAAAGAAGGCCUAUCUCGGCUAUGUGGCAUGCCCAUGUCUGGGUCUAAUCGUCAUCCUCAUCCUGGCCGGUACCGGGGGUUCGGAAAAAUACCCGGUACUCAUAACUGUGCUAGCGUUGAUCUGUCUUAGUGGGGCCAAUGCAUCAUGGGCACUCGCUACGACUUAUUCAGGAGAACUUUUUGCCACUUUGAUAAGAAAUAUUGCAAUUGGUGCUUUUAGUGUUGCGGCCCGAGUUGGUGGAAUCAUUGCCCCACAGUUUGCCUACUUGGGUGAGAUCUUCCACUGGACAGUUCCUUAUAUCAUCUACGCUAUACUUUCCAUCGGCAGUACGAUUGGCGUCCUUGUCGCCCUGCCGGAGACCAACGGCGAGCCCCUCCCAGAGGAGGUCUUCUCUCGCCAUAGUGAUACAAAGUUUCUUCCACAGAGUGCGGUUGUCCCCACCGAAAUGGAGUCGGACGAAUCCAUCGACAGUGGGCAUCACACGGACAGUGGAUAUGCCGAGACAGAACAUGUAUAACACUUUGACUGCCGGGCCAUAUCCGUAUACUUGGACCACAUCCCCUCUCCCAGCUGGUUUGAGGCCGCAUUUUUUUAAUUGUUGGAUUACAAAUCCCCCUGGGGUCAUAUUCUCGCCCCACAUAAGUUUUGAGUUUGAAUAAAAACUUUUUUUUUAAAUAUUUUUUUAUUUAGGUUUUUGAUCUGAAGUUCCGUAAUCCAACUUAUUAAAAAAGUGUGGCCUUAUGCCUGCUCUCUUGAUCUCAACUAAAUAACGAGCUGAUCACCCUCACUAGAGAGAGCUAGGAAAUAAAGCAAUUUCUCCGUUGAUAUGCAUUGUAAAGUGAUUAUUUUCUCUAUUGAUUCGGAAGGCUCUGGUCUUGAAGAAGCUCAAGAGUGUAAAUAACCUUCAGCAGCUAUCUCUCGUGGACGGUUUUUCUCUGAGGGUCCGAGGUUGAGGUGUUGGUCCGGUCGUGAUAGUGUCAUACCAGUUCGAGAAGUUUUACUGGAGAUAGGGUACCAGGAAGGCUGGAUCUGUUUCUCAGAGUGGAGUGGAGUGAUCAAAUCAAUGCAAUCGUGGUGACAUUGUCUCUUUGUGUAAUUGUAGGGUGAUAUUUUUCCGCGGAUUUGAGACAGUGUCUAAAUCGGUACUGACAUUUGCUAAGACUUUUAUUCGGGACUACUUAAGCUUGAGAUUUAGGCAGCCAGGUGAUUAAUACUCUGGCUCGUCACCAUGCACCGCAACCUGUUGUGAUAUACUAAUGUCAUUCUCUUAUGAUCGGCGUUUUCAGUUAUGCGUGCCACGCUUCCCGUUCCACGAUUUUUUGGGCAUGUGCAGAAGAGACGACUUUACAAACUACAGUAGAACCUCUCUAUUAAGAACACCCUUGGGACUGACUAGUACUGUCUUUAAUAGAGAGGUGUCCUGAUUAGAGAGGUGUCCUGAUUAGAGAGGUCAAAUUGAAUGGGAACAAAACUAGUGUCCUUAAUACAGAGGUUGUCCUUAAUAGAGAGGUGUCUUAUAAGGGAGGUUCUACUGUAUGUCACGCCAGGUUCUUGUUAAGUACUUUCUCUGUACAUUUCAACCUGUCAAGCUCGAAGCGACAUGCGACUCAUUUUGCUGUAGUAGGUCACAUAGGUUCCGUUUCUGGCAGAAGUAGGUUAAGUCAUAGCUAAUUUUUCUGAAAUUCUUAGUUUCUAGACGAACCCUGUGUGCUAAUUAAGUGUCAUUUUCUACAUAUGUAUUGAAAUACUCGGGCCAAUUUUCUUGAAUAUCUAUUUUUACCGAUACAUGUGCUAAGUUUAUGACUUGACUCAGUAAUAGCGAAUCAUGUUUCAUAACUCUUGCUUGGCACCGAUGGAUCACUGUCCGGACACAUUCUCCACGCAGACAUACUGUAGAUCAGAAAACUUUCGUGUGUUGAAUAUUUUCUCAAAUUUUACGGAAUGCUCACGAAAAUCUUCUGUCGCAAAAUAUUCGCGCUUUUCAGUUAGAAUUCCAUCACAUCGUCGCCAUGUUUCCACAGAGGCAAUGCAUCCAGCUCAACCCAGUUGAUCUCAGUCUACUGGGUGGCCUGAUUUAUUUUCCCUUACGCAAUGGGUACACAAUAGAAUUCUAUUGUGCAAGGGAAAAUAAUUCUGGGCCACCCUGUAGUAUUAAAAACAUACGCAGAGGUGGUUAAAAUGACUGCAUAUACCUUACACAGCAUUUACAUAAUUACACCUUACAAACACAACAUUCACACAACUUAAGUGACUUUUUCCUGAUCGAUGCCAAUUUUUGUGGGUAAUACCGGUAGGCUGAAUUAUUAGCCGCAGUUGACAGUAGAUUUGAGUACACUAUUAGACAUCUGUAGGCCUACUGCAGUGCCUAUACACGCACAGCACUAUUUCAAAAUAGAACAUUUCAAUUUUUCUUGAAAAAUAUUGCGUUGACUCACGAAGAUAUACUGCUGUGAAAUUGUCCAUCGAUCGGCAUUUGAAAAUGUUAUGCCAUAAAACCUUUCUGUUAUUCAGUACAAAAUACUGUGUAGAUGCCAUUCAGCCGGUUUCGGUGCGUUUGACAAAGGCCUAUUGCACAUAAUAUAGGCCAUUUGUACAGGCACCCUUCAACUGGCUUAACUCUCAGUGCCUUUUUGACGGUAUUUUAGUUCCUCCAGGUGACACCAGAUGUCCUUAGCUACUCUAAUGUGUUUUAUACAGAUUCUUUGGCCUGGGGCGUCCAAAUUGAAUAAUUUCUUCGACUGAGAGUGGGGUCUGCCACAUCUCAUUUUGGGUGAAAAAUGGUGAAAAUCUGCCAAAAUUACCACUCCUUUACAAAUUUUUAGAAAGUACUCCAAAUAGGCCCCUUCGUAGUACUGUUAUUUUAUUGAAACAAGGGGUAAAGGCAAAGGUUUUGAAUAAUUUUAAUGAGUGUGUCUCAAUUUUGUGUGGUCAAUAUGCCAGAAAAUGCCAAAAUUCAUGGCACUGAAAGAAUUAAUAGCGUCUACACAUGAUCUCUGUUUGUAUUAGCGUCCAUUGCAUGUGUAUUGCAUGUGUAUUGCAUGUGUAUUGCAUGUGUAUUGCAUGUGUAUUGCAUGUGUAUUGCAUGUGUAUUGCAUGUGUAUUGCAUGUGUAUUGCAUGUGUAUUGCAUGUGUAUUGCAUGUGUAUUGCAUGUGUAUUGCAUGUGUAUUGCAUGUGUAUUGCAUGUGUAUUGCAUGUGUGAUAUACACUAAUGUUUGCAACAAGAAUGCACUGAACAAAAUGUUGCAAUUUGUGUUGCUAUUGACCAAAGAUCUUUGAGUCUGUAAUGUAAGCCUGGUAUCACUAAGGUGCAUAUUGAUUCUGUUUUGAGCCAUUUAUUACUUUUUCAUUCCUGAUCUUAUCCACUCUUAGUAUUCUACGAAGUGGGAUUCCUUAUUGAGCUGAACGCCGGCUCAUCUGCUUCAGACUUGCUCCCUAAAGAAGAAUAGAAAGUACUACAUGCCUUAUGAUACCACCCUGACCACAAAGCUCUGGAGCUCUGUGGCGAAACUCUCUUGGACGGCCGUCUUCGUUACCGAAAAUGGACCAAGUGUCUAGCGUGCUUCUGAAAAAUUCCAAACGCAGAAAGAGGAGGGUUUUUUAUAUUUUGUGUUACUGUUUGUUUAGUGAGGCUCCAUACAUGUAUUUCACCUUUUAUAGGAAAUGCUGUCAGAGGUUUGGAAGAUUUCGUCAGGGUUUCUGUUGAAGAAUUUGCCUCACUUGUAUGAAGUCCUUUUCUGCAGUUGAUGUCUUUCUCUUACGAGUAUACUGUGAACCACCAAAUUUUCGCAUGCAUUUUAUGUUUGUGGAUCGAUUUUGCAAAUAUUAGAUCUCCAUAUAUUUUUUUAAAUCACAUGAAUUUCUUCAUAUGAAAAAUGGAAUUGAUAAAUUUCGUAAUUCGCCGAAAUGAAAAUUGUAGAUUUUUUUGCACAAAAAACUUCUAAGAAUCACAACAAUAAAAAAGUUUAGCAAUUAUUCGGAAGCUUGCACUUUUUGCCGACAUCAUCUGUUCCUGAUAUGGUGUAUAUUUUGGUUUUCUGUAUUUCAAAUUCAGAUUCGUUGCGAUUGUUUUAAACCGGUGUAUUACAAGCACUAGAUCAUGAUCAAAACUUUUGUAUAAAUAAUGUCACAUGAAUGCGAUAUGAAUGUUCUUUCACCCUUAGUGUCGUUUUGUUUUGCGUAUAAAGUAGCUCCACGAUGUUAGUAAAAUUGGAUUUGGACCGGUUUGAAAGAGUGUAGAACCCUAAAAAAGAACACUUUUAAGUUGCUUUCAUGUAAAAAGUAAAUUAGAAAGCCUUACAUUUCAGAAAUCAAAUGAAGUGAAAUUAUAAGGUACUUUAGUCAAGAAAAUUAGGGAAUUUUACACCGAAUUAGCUGGUCUGUCUCUGUUAUUAUUUGUUUCCUAUGGAAACGAAAUAAAUUAUGAAUGAUAUGAUGUAAUUUAUGAAUUGUUGAUAUAAAUCAUGCUGAUAGCCCAAGUUCAA